CAUAUAUUUUGUCACGUCCAUUGGGGAAAAGGAAUUCAAAGGUAUUCUCAAACAGUGGUCUGUCACCUUCUUUUUCUUAUAUGGUGGUACAUGUGCUUCGUUGGCAACGACUCGGAAGGAUUGCUGCUUGUAUCAGGAGUUAAACAUCUGAAUGCCGAACCACCAAUCUCUAUUGAAAGCUCGAGAACGAUGUGAAUUGUUCUUGCAAAAGUCUGUUGUUUGUAUGCAACGAUGGUGACGUUCUAUCUUUGUGACGGGGCAAAGCUCUUUGGUGUGGAUAUAAAGUUCUCCCAGUAUUUUAGUCUGCGAAAGGUACCAAAAGCAUGUGGCGUGAAAGUUUCAGAUCCCAGUGGCCGGCUGUGCGAGGCUCAGGACACGCGAGGCCAGAUAUGAUCAUAUACUCGACUUUGGGACAUGGCUAGGAGUGCUUUCAAGUGGCAUCACAAGAGUCAGUACUUUAUGUUGCUCAGGUUCGUAAACUCUCUUUUAAGAACAAUAGAUCGCAGAGUGACAUGACAUGUACGUUAUUCUUCUUCAUCUUUCUAGUAGAUAAGCUAAGGAUAUCAACAAAGAGACUAGUGGAUAAGAGUUAGGCAUGAUAAAGAUAAGGUCGAUUCAGAAGAGUCAACUCCUGUAGUCUUGGUGGCCAUGUUCAAGUGGAUAAGUCUCACCUACAGACCUUGGAACUCCUAGGGCAUAUAUCUUCCUUCCCACCAUCACAUGAAGAGGUGCCGUGACAUAUGCAGUUACCUCAUUUUUUAACGUACAUGAUGAAUCUGGCAUUUGGCAGUCUUUAAAUAUGAUCUUAUCAUAAAAAAGAGGCCAUAAUUUUGUAAUUCUGAAUCAUAUUUCUCACAUAUGAGACUACUCUUUUUUUUUUGUCUCCUUGUUGAGUCGAACAAUCCGGGACGACAUUUGCACCAAGUUCUACAACGUUUCUUUGACCCUUUGAAUGCAUUGCAUCUACCCACAAAUCCACCAUGGGAUUGCAUCAUGCUUGAUACACACAGUGGUAUUGAUCAAAAAGGUAACGGUUUGGAUCCUUUUUGGGCGUCAUAUUUUGGGGUGUUGGGGAAAGCAUUUCGCUGCAUUGAGAAGUUGUGGCCGUUCUUUAUCGGCUUGCGCACGUGUCGAUCCGGCACGCAACGACUGGUCUCAGGUGCACUUUGACGGAUACGGUGGGCCCCACAGGGUCUCUUGUCCUCCAGUGCACGCCCAACGAAAACUACGACGAUUUGAGGAGAGCAAGAAAGGAGGGCGAUGGAUCGGAGCUAAAUAUUUGGUAAUAGAGAGAGAAUUGGGGGCGGAGGCGACUCUGAAUCCAAGAAGAAAACACGUAUUUGAUUGGAUUCGGGAGGCGUUGAGUCUGCUGAGGUUCUAUUCAUCAUUGGAGAUUUCUUUCUGAGAAGCGAAGAUAAAGAGACGUUUCCAUGCCGGCACAUGCGAGCCAGAAGGUGCUGAGACGACGCGGGAGCAGCAGCAGCAGCAGCUGGUGAUCGCGACCCUUGUUUGCGCUCUUCGCCCUUCCCGUGUGUCCCUCUCGUCCUCUUUUUAUAUCUCCGCCUCCCUCGCCCUCUCAUAGCACACGCAGAUCGAGCAGAGGAGUCGUUGUUGGGAGAGGAGGAGAUCGAAGGGUAAAAGGGCCGAUGGAAGACGACAACUGUUCUCCUUCGUUCACGUCGCAAGCGGAUGAGGUUCCCGGGCGGAAGGGCGCGAAUCCCUCGUCAUCGUCCCCCGGCUAUUUCAGCACCGUCAUCCCUCCUGCUUCCGCGGUGAUUGCAAAGGAUCUAUCACAUUCUGACUUUUGCUGGACCUUGAACAAGCAGAGAAACGAAGGUGGCAGUGCGGGCGCUCAGAGAGCAACGUCAGAUUGCAAAUCGCAAGGCUGUCCAACUAAAAGACAAGUCACCAAGAACAAAGAUGAGAAAUCAGUCCAUCCCAAUGAAUCUGUAGAGUCACCAUGUUUCGGAUCAUCUGUGCAUUAUGGUGGUAGAGACUUCUACAUGAGCUCUUUGUCCAUGCAGACCACUGAAACUUCAGAAAGUUAUAAAACUGAUGAUGGAGUUGACUGGGGCAAUAGGCAUGCUGCUGACAGAGGUGACUGGUGGCAAGGUUCACUUUACUAUUGAAGAGGCAAAAUCAGUUUGCUCUCUGUUUGUAUAGAGAAGCGAGGCAGUUUCUAAAAUUUACCUUUCGACACUUCCUUUGUGAUGCUGGUAGGUGUCCGGGAAGCUACAAAACUUGAUGAUUGUCCCAGUAGUCAUGCAUAAUGUGGCGAGACGGUAUGCUUUCAGCCCAUGAAGUUGAUUUUUCUUUUAUAAUCCGUAGUCUGGAGAUUAGUAGACUAUUAACGUACAAGUGAAAGAGCAGACUUGUCUAGUUAUUUGGCUGUGAUAAAUGUGGACUUGUGUGGUUUAUCUAUUUUGUGUUCUGAGAUUGAUGUAGUUAGUAUACAGUAGUAUCAGGCCCUCACCUCCAACUUUAUUGCACCGAGGAUGCAGGGUUGCUCUGUAAUAUUAUCGUAUUAUGAAAUAAAUAUAAAAAAAAAAUUGUUUA